AUGACCCGACCAUCUCAAGCCGACAUCUACGCCGCCCUCGCCGCGCAAUCCUCAUCAUCGUUCCGCAAGCCCGCAGCGCCCACCGCACCCUACUCGGCCUUCCCCGACCCUUCGUCCGAGCUCAUCACUCCAAGCGGAUCCGGACCAUCCAGAGUGAAUUGCACGCGCGUGUACUGUCCCAGAGAAGGAUGUGGGAGUCUGAUAUUGAUGGAUAGGGCUGGAGAGGUCUUGGAGAGUGAUGUGGAAGUGCUCCCAUACCACACCGGAUCUCCCUUUCCCCCUCCCAACUUCCCUCCCUCGUCUCCCGAGAAAGCUUCAGCUACAAAGCUCCACUACCUCUACAUCCCCUCCCCAUUCCAUUUCGAGAAUAUCGGCUAUUCCCGGCCAGACAAGUCGAUGGCGCUCCCGCCUGGAUCGCCGGGGCUGCAGGGUGUGCCGAGCGGCAGCGGACAAAGUAAAGGGGUAGAAGGGAAUGGGAAGGGAAAAGUCAAGUGGUUGAUCUGUGCAGAGUGUGAUUUGGGGCCGGUGGGGUGGGGGUUUGAGGGCAUGGAGGGGGGUUGGGUGGAUAUGCGGAGGGUGAGGUAUCCUGCGCCUGCGGCGGCGUCGGCGGAGAAGGAGAAAGAAGAAUAG